AGGCAGCCAAGCUCUAUUGACGUCAAUCAACGCGGAAGUGACGGCUUAACUCUGGGCCCAUAUGUGUGCACUUUGUUCACUUGUUAAACGCAAAUACUUGUAAGAUAUUGUUCUGUCAUUGUCAGAAUACACAAACUAAAGUGUGGUCGUGGUAGUGAUGUCGUCCAGUGGAGAAGUUGUGCUUAGGGCCGUAGAGACGCCGCUCUUCUGGCUGGGUGCGAUGACCGCGGCCUGGCUGUCAGUGUGCUCCCUAUGCCGGCUACUAGCCGGGAUCAAGGUGUGGGUUCUGGGUAACGGGCGGCUGGUAUCACCUGAUAAACUCGGCAAGUGGGCAGUUGUGACAGGUGCAACAGAUGGAAUUGGCAAAGCCUAUGCUGAAGAGCUGGCAUGCAGGGGCUUUGACAUUGUGCUCAUUAGUCGUUCUCAAGAAAAGCUGGAUGAAGUGUCCAAAGCAAUUGAAAGCAAAUGCAGAGUGAAGACAAAGACCAUUGCAGCAGACUUUAGUUCAACAGAUAUUUAUGCAAAGAUUGGAGAUGGACUUGCAGGACUGGAGAUUGGUGUAUUAGUGAACAAUGUUGGGGUAUCCUAUUCAUACCCAGAAUUCUUCCUCAGCAUUCCCAAUCUUGAUACUUUCAUUGACACCAUGGUGAAUGUCAACAUAACAUCAGUGUGUCAGAUGACGCGCCUUGUUUUGCCUCAAAUGGUGGAAAGGAAGAAGGGUGCCAUCCUCAACAUCUCCUCUGCCAGUGCAAUGUACCCUGUUCCUCUGCUUACAGUCUAUUCUGCAACCAAGGCAUUUGUGGACUUCUUCUCGCGAGGACUGGAAGCUGAAUACAAGAGCAAAGGGAUCAUCAUCCAGAGUGUUCUGCCAUUCUUUGUAGCAACGAAACUGAGUAAAAUCCGAAAGGCCACUUUGGACAAGCCAAGUCCAGAGCGGUACGUUGCUGCUGAGCUCAACACUGUGGGCCUCCAGACCCAAACCAAUGGCUACCUGCCUCAUGCCAUCAUGGGCUGGGUGAGCACAGCUCUGCUCCCUGCCAACAUCCUCAGCAGACACAUGAUGGGGAUGGGUUUGUCCCAGCGUGCUCGUUACCUCAAGAAGCAGAAGCAGGGCUAGCCCAGCGGUGGCCGGGAGAGGAAGCAGAGCGGACCAGCUGUGCUCAUGCCUUGUCUGACUGGCAGCAUCAUCAUCAUCAGCGCGGACCAAGAGCAGCAAACCCUGACAGUUGCUGGGAACCAAAUCAGUUUCCCUCCCCUUAGAAACGGCAAGUCAUAGAUGAUGCAAGGAGGCUUCUGGCCUCAAUCUGUGAUGUGCAUUAGUCAUCCGCUUUAAUCAACUAAUUGCAUCUUCUCAUGUCUCUGUUAAAUCCUAACAAAAUACUCAAUAAUGUGUUUAAAGGUUAAUAUGGCUGUUCUACCAAAUCAGUUUGUUUUUUUUAUGAUCUCAACCUGCAUUGAAAUUUUACAGCUAACAUACCAGUGAAAAUGUAAAUCAUGUGAUGCACUCACUGACCACAAAUUAGGUACCCCUGGAUCUAAUGAGGUCCAAUUCCGAUAUACCUAAUUGUGUGGCCAGUAAGUGUAUGUGCAUAUGUCUUGAAAGGAGUUGUGCUAUUAAAUUACCCUGCAGGUUGCGAGCAGGAAGCAAACCGCA